UUUGGUAUACGAGCGAGACUGAAACUUUCUAACAGACAUCAGGUGAAGACACACGGCGCUGUCAAGAUGCCAAGAUCCUUUCUUGUGGAUUCCUUGAUUUUGAGGGAGAACAGCGAAAAGGGCACCGAGAACAGCCCUCCGUUAUUUCCGUACGCGGUGCAUCCGUCUCACCCUCUCCACAGCCUCACCGCCGGCUCCUGCCACUCUCGAAAAGCGGGUCUGCUGUGCUUUUGCCCGCUGUGCGUCACUUCUCAGCUUCACCCAUCUCCCCCAGCGCUGCCCCUCAUCAAGGCUUCAUUUCCAGCGUUCGGCACCCAGUAUUGCCACUCCGCGCUCUCCAGACAGCACUCCACCUCCAGCGGCGUAAACCUCAACAGCGGCUCGGGCUUGUACCAAGCCACUUAUCCGGUUCCAGAUCCACGACAGUUCCACUGCAUAUCCAUAGAAAAUAGCAGCAGUCAACUUCAGAGCAGCAAACGCAUGCGCACUGCGUUCACCAGCACGCAACUCUUGGAGUUGGAAAGGGAGUUCACCUCCAACAUGUACCUUUCGAGACUUCGGCGCAUAGAGAUCGCAACUUACCUCAAUCUGUCCGAGAAGCAAGUCAAGAUCUGGUUCCAGAACCGCCGCGUAAAGCACAAAAAAGAAGGCAAAAGCGGCUCCCACAGAACGGGCGCGCACAACUGCAAGUGCUCAUCGUCCCUGUCCUCCGCCCGGUGCUCCGAGGAAGAGGAUGACCUCCCAAUGUCACCCCCGUCAUCAGAAAAAGAGGACGCAGACCUGUCCGUCAGCCCGUGAACAUGACCACCACCUCAAAAGACUCUGUACACCACACCUGUGGAAUCUUGAAUGCAGCCAAAAAGCGACGGCAUCUGCGCGCGCCGUCACCUGUACAUAGCGAGAAAGGAAGAAACAAAACUUUAUAUAUGUUCGGGGUCUGCGUAUCCCUUUUAAUGUUGUAUAUUUGUAUACAUGUUCAAUGUUUGUAGUUUUUUUUUAAAACAACUUGUAAAAAGCCCAUAGUUCCGCAUCCAAAUAUGAUUCCUGUCACCAAAAGGUUUUUAAAAUCUAAGCGGUCCAAAAUGAAAAGUUUAUUUGCCUACCUUUUAAUUUCUAUUUGUAUUUUUUUAUAUAUAUAUGUAUAUGCAGAACUGUUUUGUUUUGUUUGUAUGGUGAGUACAGGGUAGCUUUAAGCACAUUUUGGUGACAGAAUGGAAAUAUGGGAUGUAUCCGAUGUAUAUGUCACUUGGAUGACAGAAUUUGUUAUUGUACUUUUAUUGUAAUGAGAAUAUUUAUUUAUUUAAAAAACCCUUAA